CGACGUCACUUCCUCUCUCCUUUCCAGUCUUGACUCCAAGCUGAGAUAUGUCAUUUCCUGAUGAGCGUCGUGAGAGAGGUCCAGAAAGGAAUGGACCCGACUAUGAUGGACCAGCGGGUAUGGAUCCCGAGGGUGUCAUCGAGUCGAAUUGGGACGAGGUGGUGGAGAAGUUUGAUGACAUGAACCUAAAGGAGGAUCUCCUGCGAGGAAUAUAUGCAUAUGGUUUUGAAAAGCCGUCUGCUAUCCAGCAGCGAGCCAUCAUUCCAUGCAUACGUGGCCAUGAUGUCAUUGCCCAGGCUCAGUCUGGCACAGGAAAGACGGCCACUUUUUCUAUAGCCAUCCUUCAACAGAUUGACACUAGCCUGAGAGAAUGUCAAGCCCUCAUCCUAGCCCCAACUCGGGAGUUGGCUCAGCAGAUACAAAAGGUGGUGAUAGCACUGGGUGAUUACAUGAAUGCCCAGUGCCAUGCAUGCAUUGGUGGGACAGACGUACGGGAGAAUGUGCGAAAGCUGGAGCUCGGAAUGCAUGUCAUUGUUGGCACCCCUGGCCGAGUUUAUGACAUGAUCAGUCGACGUGCCCUGCGCACAAACCACAUCAAGAUCUUUGUUCUGGAUGAAGCUGAUGAGAUGUUGUCUCGUGGGUUCAAGGACCAGAUCUACGAUGUCUUCAAAAUGUUGAACUCGAACAUACAGGUGAUCCUGUUGUCUGCUACAAUGCCAUCUGAUGUGCUGGAGGUGACCAAGCGCUUCAUGAGGGAGCCUGUGCGCAUCCUGGUCAAGAAGGAGGAACUUACCCUUGAAGGUAUCAAGCAGUUCUAUGUGUAUGUGGAGCGUGAAGAAUGGAAGCUGGAUACUCUGUGUGAUUUGUAUGAGACAUUGACCAUCACACAGGCAGUGAUCUUUUGCAACACCAGGCGCAAGGUGGACUGGCUGACAGAGAAGAUGCAUCAGCGGGACUUCACUGUCUCUGCUAUGCAUGGAGACAUGGAUCAGAAGGAGCGUGAUGUGAUCAUGCGAGAAUUCCGAUCAGGCUCAAGUAGAGUCUUGAUCACAACAGACCUCCUGGCACGUGGCAUUGACGUCCAGCAGGUCUCCCUUGUUAUUAACUAUGACCUUCCCUCAAACAGGGAAAACUACAUCCACCGAAUUGGUCGAGGUGGGCGAUUUGGCCGCAAAGGUGUGGCCAUCAACUUUGUGACAGAGGACGACAAGAGGACUCUGAAGGACAUUGAACAGUUCUACAAUACGCAAAUUGAUGAAAUGCCCAUGAAUGUGGCAGACCUCAUCUAGGGUUUCCCAUUGCACAUCGGUAUCGGUUCGGAGGUUGUCUCGGGUCUCCAAUCAUCGCUGCUUUUGUCUUGGAAAAAGUCUCAUUGCUCCCCUGCGAAGUUCAUAACCCAAUGCGCAUGUGACGACGCUGUUCAAGGAAGUGAAGUUUUUCUCUCUACCCCAAGUGUGAAGAAGAGAAAGCGACGCUGCUGCUGCUGUUGCUGCUGCUGCUCUGUCUCUUGUGGAAACUGUUGAGAGGAGGCAGGUGUUUAUUUAUUGUGCGAAUUGAGAGAAGUAUUUUCGUCUGUCUUGCUUCUGCAUAUAGUUAGGUAGUCCAUAAAAAAAGCACGAAAAAAAGAAAGCAAAGAAAACUUAUCUUUUCUAAGCUUAUUAAAAACCAUUGUGGUUACUUGUGUAGGAGCAAAUUCUGAUGUAAAAAUCUGCUGAUUUUCCUCUUUGGAGAAGCUUGGGGAGAUACUGUCUCCUUGUCUUCCUCUCCUGUUCCCUCACUUCUCUUCUUCCUCUUUUUCUUUAUCCAUAUCAUUGUGUUGGAAGUCCAGGAGAAGCGCGGUCGGUAUCCGGAGGAGCACCCGCAGCCGCAGGGGUGCGGGUGCACUGCGGCCGCAGCCAUGCUGCUGCAUCGGCGUCGGGGCCGCUUGGCUGUGGGACUCGGGCUUGGCCAUGGGUUCUACAAUCGCAAGCGCCGACGACGACGACCUAUGUACAUAGCUUAGGCACCAUGUUGCAAUUGUUAUUUGCCCCCUUAUAAUGAAAUUUGAAAUCUUUCUCAUUUUCUGCUUGCAUGAUGAGUGCCUGUCUGAACUACAACUGUCCAGUGCUGUCUAUCAAUAAAGAAUACGAUUUGUGAC